AUGGAGUGGGAGGGGUUCCUCGCCGGAGAAGCCGGCAGUGUGGUGGUGAAGGUGGCGGUCUUCUUGUUCGUGCAGGCUCUCGUCUACUUCAUCCUCUUCAGGUCCUCCGACGUGUUCUCACCGGCGAGGAUGAAGUCGGCGGGCCUACGCACGGUCCGGUCGGUGAGCAUUCGGCGGCUAAUGGCGGUACUCUCGGACCAGCCCGCCGGCGGCGAGGUUUCUCCGACGGGUCCGCCGUCGAGGAUGAUCACCCGCCGGAGCUCCGGCUCCGACGUCGGCGGCGUCCUUCCGCGUUUCUGA